AUGAGUUGCUUUGCAUGGUGUAAUACAUCAGACCCAAGGAUUAAGAGGUCAUUGAGGAGGAGCAUUGGGGAUUACCAUGGAGGAAAAACUCUUGCAGCAUUUGCCAACAUGUCUUUUAAAACUGAUAGUGGCAAGAGAAAAUUUAUAGAGGAGAUAGCAAGACUUGGAAAAGGGAAUAUUACCUCAAAAGCUUUUUCAUUUAGAGAACUAUGUGCUGCAACUCAAAACUUUCACCCUUCCAAUGUGAUUGGUGAAGGAGGCUUUGGUAGGGUUUACAAAGGAUACCUUAAAAGCACAGAUCAAGUUGUUGCUGUGAAGCAACUUGACAGGAAUGGAUUUCAAGGGAAUAGGGAAUUUUUUGUUGAGGUUUUGGUUUUGAGUCUUUUGAAACACCCUAACCUUGUCAACUUGGUAGGGUAUUGUGCUGAAGGUGAACAAAGGAUUUUGGUGUAUGAAUACAUGGUUAAUGGUUCUUUAGAGGAUCAUUUACUUGACAUCGAUCCAGAUAGAACACCAUUAGAUUGGCAAACUAGAAUAAAAAUUGCAGAAGGUGCAGCGAAAGGACUCGAAUACUUGCACGAAAUAGCAAAUCCUCCGGUAAUAUACCGUGAUUUUAAAGCAUCAAAUAUUCUUUUAGACGAAAAUUUCAAUCCAAAGCUAUCUGAUUUUGGACUCGCAAAAGUUGGUAUACUUGGUGAUGAAAUGGCACAAGUAUCCACAAGGGUCAUGGGAACCUAUGGCUAUUGCGCACCCGAAUAUGCAUCCACAGGACAAUUGACUAUAAAAUCAGAUGUUUAUAGUUUUGGAGUUGUGUUCUUGGAAAUGAUCACAGGAAGAAGAGUGAUUGAUAAUUCGCGAAAAACAGAGGAAGCAAACUUAGUCCUUUGGGCACAACCACUUCUAAGAGACAGAAGAAAAUUUGUACAAAUAGCAGAUCCAUUGCUAGAAAAUAAAUACCCCAUAAAGGGUUUGUACCAAGCUCUAGCAAUAGCAGCAAUGUGUCUUCAAGAGGAAGCUGAAACAAGGCCAUGGAUCAGUGAUGUGGUUACUGCUCUUUCCUUUUUAGCAACCAAGAAGGUGGACGGAGAUGCUUCCUUAAACGACAAUUGUACUCAAGGUGGCGAUUUUAAUGGAGACAACAAUUCGAAUGACGACGAAAAUAGCGACGAUGGCAAUAAUAAUAAGAAUAAAAUUUAUGACGGAUACGGAGACAACGAUAAAGAUAAAGAUAUUAAUAAUAAUAUUGACAAUGACAACAACGAUGAUAAUGAUGAUGUUAAGGAAAAUAAAGGAUAG